UCAAAAUGUUUCACACACUAUUAAUGAAGAUGAAAGAAAUGAAUUCACACACCAACCUGAUGUUAAGGAUAAAAUUCCGAUCUAUACAAAUACUAUGCAAAUAUUUGAUGAAUUUGACAAGUUUUCAAAGAUGAAUGCAAUGCAAAUAGCAAAAAAAUUUCCUCAGCUUUCGCUGCAAGAUGCUUUCGAUCUCAUUGCGAAGUUCAACAAAAUCGAUCUUGAUGGUAAUGGUGCUCUCGAACAAAAAGAAGUUGUUAAGGCUUUACAUGCGAUGGGCGAGAGUACUUCAUAUGACGAAAUUCGAGCUACCCUGAAAGAAAUUGACUUAAGUUCAACAGGAAAUGUUGAAAUUGAAGAAUUCAUUGAGCUUGUUGUAAAACUUAGGGAAGGUCGUAAUAAAAGCGCUUUUGCGGCCAACAAACGAAAAACCACUGUUCAUGGUUCCAUUCAAAAUGUUUCUUACACUAAUGAAGAUGAAAGAACCGAAUUCACAAAGUAUAUCAACCAAGAAUUGAUUAAUGACCCUGAUGUUAAGGAUAAAAUUCCGAUCUAUACAAAUACUAUGCAAUUAUUUGAUGAAU